AUGGAUAAAACUCCUAUACAUGAUCCAUCGAUGACACCAAUGCCAUCGACAACAACAGGUAGUAAUGUUCUACAACCAAAAGCAAUGAUAUAUAUUUGUGGUGAAUGUCACAAAGAAAAUGAAUUAAAAUCUACUGAUGUUAUUCGAUGUAAUGAAUGUGGUUAUCGAAUAUUGUAUAAAAAACGAACAAAACGUUUAAUUGUUUAUGAUGCUCGAUAA